UGCGGAUGACGAGGACACAGAUGAGGGACAUAACUGCUGGAGCGGGAGGUGUAGGUCUGAUGAGACAUCAGUGGCCGGGUUGGACAAGAUGAAGUCAGAUUGUCUAAAGAUGGAGAGACAGCUUUCUACCCUUCGAAAAAAAUGUGAAAAAGAGGAAGAGACACUAAAGUUGAAGAAAACACAUUUAAGUGAAGUUGAGCUCUCACUCUCUGAACUAAAAGGCAAAAAAAAGCAUGCUUUGCAAGAGCUGGAGUGUUUGAGUGCAGAGACAGCACAGAUGGAGAAGGAGAGGCGAAGUUUGGAAACCAGUUUGAAAGACAGAAAAGUGGAGAUGGACUCCAUUAGCUUUCAGCUGUGUAAGCUGCAGAGGCAGAGAGACUCCUGUCGGCAGGAGGUUCGGAUCGUGGAGGAAGAACUAGCAACUCAACGCAGAAUGGCUUUAGAGGACGGGGUCUGCAUGGAGAGGAAACAGACCAGUGUGGUUGUGUCAGUACUGGAGAGGGAGGAGAUGGAAAGACAGCUGGACAGUGCCAAAACAGAACUGUUUGCUGAACAGCGGCGUGCAAGAGACAAGCUAGACUCCAUGCAAGAAAAGCUGGAGGAGGCUCGUGAGGAACUGCAGCGGGUCACAGAGGAGGAGAGCUCACUGAGGCACAGAUGUGCUUGUCUGGAAGAGAAACAGAGACAGAGACAGGAGCAGAUGGAGGCUUUAGAUUGUCAAGUGAGUGAGCUCAAGGGUGAGCUGGGAGAAUGCACGAUAAAGGUGGGCUCCCUGGAAAAGAUUUUGGCCCAGAGGGAACUGCAGCUGCUGGUUUUACAGGAAGAACACAGUGCCCUGGAGACAGAAAGAGAUGCACUGCAGGGGGAGCUCCAAAACCUGAGGAAACAGCACGGCACUGCACUGAAAGAAGCCCAAGAGCAGGCCAAGAGAGUGAUGAUGGCAGAAUUAGAGCAGAAGAGCAAAGAGCUGGCUUUGGCUCAUGAACAACGGAUCCAGAUGGUUCAUAAGAAGGCUGAGGAGGAGAAAGCAAGUGCUUUGACAGAACAGGCAUUAUCUCUCAAAUGUCACAUUGAGUCCAUGCAGAGCUCCAUUAAGCUAAAACAGGAAGAAGCAAGGGAGCUAAGAGAAUCUCUUGAGCAGCAGUGGAAGAUGGCAAAGAAACGUGAAGAUAUGUUGCAUGCAGAUGCUUUGGAAAAGGUGCACAAAGCAAUAGUGGAGGAGAGAAGGAAGUGGGAGGCAGAGAAAUUGACAGCUGUGCAGGUGCAUUGUGGGAUACUGGAGGAGCAAAGCAGAAAGAGCUUGGAGAGAGUGAGGAGUGAGGUUGAGCAAGAGAAGAGGAAUGCACUGGCUCUUCAAAAUAAAGUGGUGGAACUGCACACAAGAGUGGAGGAGUUGGAGAGUGAAGCCUGUAUGCAGAAGAGAGAGCAGGAGUCUGUGCUGGCUGUGAUGUGCAAGUCUCUGAAGGAGGAGCACCAGGUUGAGCUGCAGAGAUUACACAAACACAUGGAACAGGAGAGUCAGCAGCAGGUUGUAAAGCUUGAACAGGCUGUUCAGCUGGCAGAGGAGGAGGCUGACAGCCUCCGGAAGUUGCUGGGUGAGAGUGGCAGUAGCCACAAGCAAGCCACAGCCAGGCUGGAGCAGCAGCUCAGGCACUGGGCCUGUGAGCUGGGGGCAGAGUGCCAGCAUCUCCGCCUCUUAUUGGAACUUAGUGGAGCCAGAGGAGCUACUGUGCAGCUCCCUCACAGUCCUACAAUGGCUGAAGCACUCCAAAAUCUGCAAACACUUAGAGAACAAUUAGAGCACAAGAUCAGACAUCUGAAGCAGGAGCUUGAUUCUCAGAAACAAACGCAUAAGCAGCUCAUUCAAGACAAAGAGCGAGAGCUGCACAUUCAGAGGGAACAGAUGGGGACAGAGAGAGACCAGGCUUUGGAUUUUCUAAAGGAGCGGCUCAUUAAGGAGCAUAUUGAGGAUUUAAGCAGUCUGAGCCGGGCCCAUAUUUGCGAGGGAGGGGAUGAGGGGAAAGGAGUUGCAGCAUCUCUUCGUAAGCAGCUGAAGGCCAAAGACCUGGAGCUGAGGCAGGUCCAGAGGAGCAUGAGUGAGUGGAAGGACCAGACAGCUGCCCGCCUGGCUCGCAAGUUUGAAGAGGAGCUGACAGCUGAGCUGGAGAGGAAGAUGUCAAAGUCACGAGAGGAUUUUCAGGAGAAGCCUGAGACUCCUGAAGGAGAAAUGACAGUUACUGCAAGGCAAUGUAAUGAUAGUGGAGCUCAGUAUUCAGUCUCCCAUCCGUCCUCCCAUGCUGCCUCCCCCGCCACCUCAGACAUGACCUCCUUCAAACUUCUGCGUCACCUCCAGAGCAGAGUCACGCAGCUCCGUGCUGAAAAUCAGGCUUACGCCUGCAGCCCCUCUCCCCUGAAGAGGAUCCCCUUUGAUUUGUCAGGGUCCUAUCUUGAAACAAUCACUCAAUCUCAAGACAGUGUGCAGAUUCAGAGCCACCCAUCAAUCAGGAUGGUCCCAAGUUAAAGAUACUGAACUUUGCCAGAUGAGUGUGAGUGUGUGUGUAUACAUGCAGGACAAAUAUGGAGUGCUAUAAAUCUGAAGCUCCAGCAUUUCAAGCAAUUUUUGUUGACCUUGGAGAUUAAUCAUCCACUGUACAAUAUGUACUCAGCCAUGUGAUACGAGAUUGACCAGCAGGUCACAGUGACAAAUGACACAACACAAAAUUUGGUCAUUAAGUUCACAUUCCUCUGUGCUGAGGCAGUCAAGUUUUAUGACUUGACCGUGUAAGUGAAUGAGUGAUGAAUGGGCUGACAUUUCAGUGGCGAUGAAAGAUCAUGUGAGUUACGCACGUCACCCAACAGCCUCAUAAAGUUGUCGGUUUUCCUGUGUGGGAAUCCCUUGUAUGUUAACAUUCAUGGUGUACACUUUUACAAAUUGUACAAUUAAGUAUUUUUAUGGUAUGUUUGAAGAAAAAUAUGGCA